ACCAGUGAUCGCACAAAAUAGCGGGGCACUCCUGUGCUCCACACAGACACAGACGGUGACAGAGGGACUGACACACAUAUAGCCAGGUACCCUUUGAAUAUCCGCUUCAAAUAUCUACAAUUUGGAAAAAGGCUACUGGAAUCUCAUUAUUCAAAGUCUGCCUCUUCUUACCGUCUGCAGCCUCAUCCUGACAAGCCAGCCGAGGAUCUACGCAUUUAUUAUUAUAGAUUAGCACCAGCCGACUGACCACAGGAGACAGACGCUGGACACGUCUCCUCAACAUCCUGUGACCACUUGCCUCAAAGCGGCGCUGGACUAUUUUCAGAAAACAUUUUCUGCCCACAAAGUUUGCCGGGGAUAAGUGCUUGGGGGUCCCGCUCCUUAUCGACCUCAGCCUAGUGCCAGGCCCCACCACCUCUCCAGUCCACACCUCAACAGUGGUCCUCAUAGAUGGAGAAGGUACAGCACCUGACCCGCAACGCCAUGCGCCGGGCCUCCCAGGCCAUGGAGGUACCCCCGCAGGCCAGGCGGAACCUGCAGGAGCUUUUUGUGAACUUCUGCCUCAUCCUCAUCUGUCUGCUGCUCAUGUACAUCAUCGUGCUCCUUGUAAGAGGAAUGUAGCCGGACAUUCUCCAGAAAGGUGGACCGUCAACAGGCCCAAGGACAAGAUGGCAUGACUGAAUUCAUCUGUUUGCUCUAUCAUCCAUCCAUCAAUCCAGUUACAGCGCCAAAGGGUCAAGGGGAGACAGCGAGUACAAUAUUUAAAACCCAAUGACCAAAUGUAUCCUAUCACCUAUGAGCUGCUCCUUUUUGGCUCUUUUGGGCACUAAAACCCAUUUAUUGUAUCCAAUUAAAAACCUUGCAAGAA